AUGCCCACGAACAUUCUCUGCACCAUCCGGUCGAGCACCUGCUGGAGUAGAGGGAGAAGAUGCAUCACGAUUCACAUCACGCUCUCCCUCACGCUCGCCCUCACGCUCGCCCUCACGCUCUCCCUCACGCUCUCCCUCACGCUCUCCCUCACGCUCUCGCUCACGCUCUCCCUCACGCUCUUCCUCACGCUCUUCCUCACGCUCUUCCUCACGACUCCCCUCACGCCUCCCCUCACGCUUGCCCUCACGCCUGCCCUCACGCCUGCCCUCACGCUCUCCCCCACGCUCAUCCUCACGCUUAUGCCCUUUCACUGGCAGUGGCUCCUCGUAGUCUACCUCAUCAUCAGCCUACUCAUCGUGUUUAGUAUGACCCCAACCUGCCAUUCCAUGGGCAUUGACACCAAGGUUGAGUUGGGCAUCACCCGCCUGGCCAUGCGCAGCCCACUCCUCCCCCUCCCUGCUGUUCAGGGCAUCACCCGCCUGGCCAUGUGCAGCCCACUCCUCCCCCUCCCUGCUGUUCAGGGCAUCACCCGCCUGGCCAUGCGCAGCCCACUCCUCCCCCUCCCUGCUGUUCAGGGCAUCACCCGCCUGGCCAUGUGCAGCCCACUCCUCCCCCUCCGCAACACGUCAGCGCUUCACUCGCCUGUCCAUGCAAACCUACUCUCCCACUCCCUUACCCAUCCGCGCAUCCCACGCCUAUCCAUGCACAACCUACUCUCCCACUCCCUUACCCAUCCGCGCAUCCCAUGCCUGCCGUCUCUCCCACUCCCUUACCCAUCCGCGCAUCCCACGCCUGUCCAUGCACAACCUACUCUCCCACUCCCUUACCCAUCCGCGCAUCCCACGCCUAUCCAUGCACAACCUACUCUCCCACUCCCUUACCCAUCCGCGCAUCCCACGCCUGCCGUCUCUCCCACUCCCUUACCCAUCCGCGCAUCCCACGCCUGCCGCUGCGCGGCCUAUAUCACACAUGAUUCCUCCACUCAUCCGGCUAUCCCAUGCGCGUACCUCGAUGACGUUUAA